CUCCACACCGGCCCAGCCCGGCCAAAGAGACAGGGCGCGGGGCCUGAGCCCUGGAUCCUACUUCUCCUCCGUAACUCAGUCAAUGCGGCGUUCGCGUUUCGCACCUACCUCGGUAAGCGGCUCAGGGAGGCCGCCGUUAGGGUCCCUCAGGCUGGGCCGGGCUCGGCGAGGCUCUGGGCCCAGUCUCAGGAGCGAGCGAAAAGCGGACCGCGGAGGGUGAGUGUGUGUGCACGUGACCUGGUUGUGCGCUCAGACUGCUGGCCGCCAUCUUGGAUGGUGUAUGUGUACAUGUGAAGUUAAAAAUAAAAUAUAUUGAAGAAAGAAUACUUCUCUCCUGAACUAAUUGAAAGCCAGAGUUUCUUCAAAAUGCCUGCAGUAUCGAGUGAUCUAAAGGAGUUGUAUCUGUCUACAUGCUUGGCUGACCUUAACAAGAAAGCAGAAGUGAAGCUUGAAACGAAAAGCACCAAAAACUAUGUCACGAGUGCUUGUAAAAUAUUUAAGGCAGCAGAGGAAUGUGGAUUGGAUAGAGAUGAGGAGAAAGCCUAUGUCCUUUACAUGAAAUACCUGACUGUGUACGAUCUCAUUCGGAAAAGGACCGAUUUCAAACACCAACAGGACUACUACCUUUCCCUCUUGGGCCCUGCAAAUUUCCGAAAAGCCAUAGAGGAAGCAGAAAGGCUUUCAGAAAGCCUCAAGUUAAGAUAUGAGGAGGCUGAAGUGCGUAAAAAGCUUGAAGAGAAUGAAAGGCUGCAAGAGGAGAAGAGAAAACAGCAGGAAGAAGCCAAAAGCAAGGGAUAUGAUAACAGUUUGAAAACAACAACUAAGAGUUCCUCGGAUUGUUUUGGCAUUAAGAAAAGAAAUUUAAAGGAGGACUUUGAAGUAAAUGACAAGAAAACGCAUUCUGAGUGCAAUGAUUCACUUCAGGGAGCAGUAACUGCAGAAAAGUUGUUUGCAAUGAUGCAAGAUGAAAACACUGAAAUGAUCAUUAUGGAUGCACGAAGCUCCAAGGAUUACCAGGAAUCUCAUAUGCAGGUGGCCAGAUCACACUGUAUAAGUGUACCAGAGGAAGCUGUCAGUCCAGGCAUCACUGUUAACCAGAUAGAGUUGAAACUUCCAGAGGAGUCAAAAGAGAUAUGGCGAAAGCGUCAAUUUGUUGAUUACAUAAUUUUGUUGGAUUGGGACAGUUCUGUUGACCAGGUGAAAAGAGGAACCAUUCUUCAGAGCCUCAAGGAUGCACUUUAUAAGUGGGAUAGCCAGAUAAUUCUCCGGAGUGAACCACUAGUAUUGGAGGGUGGCUAUGACAGCUGGCUCCUCUGCUAUCCAAUGUACACUACGAAUGCCAAAGUGACUGUUCCAAAGAAAGAACCUCCUGGAGCUGUACAAGUGUCCUUGAAUUUCAGUUACCCAACCUUGGAGGAACCCCCACAACCUUCGAAAGACCUUAAUGAAAAUAAGGCUGUCCAAGAAUUGGAAAUUUGUAAUGAACAUCUAUCUUUGCUCGAAGAGACACCAAAAAAAGUCAACCUAAAAACUAUCAAUGUGCCUAAUGGUAUCCUUGCCCCUGGGGUUCCAGUCACUGGGCAACCUAUUGCAAUGAAGACCAUUCCACAGGUAUGUGCGAUUGAUCGAACUAAAAAACCUUCACUGAAACAGCCAAAUCGAUCACUGUCUAAAUCAGAGGUGGUUGGUGCUGACAGUCUACCUGUUCACAAUGGACCAGUGAUUCCUGAUCGGUCAACAAAGCCCUGUAUAGAAUCACAGAAUUCACUGACUGAUGAAGAGAGAAAUCAGAUUCAUGCUGAAGCAGCUCUAAUUGGUGAGAAGGCCAGAAAGGAGAGAGAACAGCGUGAGCGAAGGCAGGAAGAAGAAAGAAAAGAGAAGGAGAGAUUGGAGAGAUUAAGGGAAGAAGAGUGCAGAGAAAAAGAACCGUGUGAAGAGGAAGAGAAAGAGUUCAAAACAAAAGCUGACCAAGAAAGAGAACCCAAAGAAAAUGAGGAACAGAGAGCACAGGAAAGUGAAGACAACCAGCAAAAAGAAGAAGCUGAAAAGAAAGGAUUGGCAGAACAAAAAAAGACAUCUCCAGAAAAAGGCAAAAUUGAGAGUCAGAUAAGAGAUCAAGCAGACACAAGGAAAAGUGGUGAACAAUCUGUCUCUGAGUUGGAAGGACUUCGUGGCACAAACUUAGAGAAGCAGGAACAUAGAGAUACAUUAACCAGAGCAAGGAGUGAGGAAAUGGGCCGAACAGUUCCAGGCUUACCCCAAGGAUGGAUGAAGUUUCUUGAUGUGGUGACUGGAACCUACCGUUACUAUCAUUCACCAACGAACUCUGUGCACAUGUAUCCGCCUGAAAUGGUGCCAUCAAUUACUCCUCCUGCAACCCCUCCAACUCACAAAGCCAAACCACAAACUGCAAAAGAUGUCGAUGUUCCUAAGUUAAAGCGUUCAUUCUCCUCACCGGAUAUUGCCCAAGCCAUUCAAGAGGAGCAAAACAAAGCAACAACAAAAAUAGUGCCCACAGUCAAUCGGGAAACCAAGCCCUCUGGCUACAGCAAAACAGAAAUCUCCAGCCCUUCUGCUUCUCAAAUCCGAAACCUGAACCCUGUAUAUGGUGGGAUGGGGCGAGCAUUGACUGGUCUGCGAAACCUUGGUAACACCUGCUACAUGAAUUCCAUCUUGCAGUGUUUAUGCAACACUCCUCAUCUGGCAGAGUACUUCAAUAAAAACUUCUACCAACAAGAUAUUAACAGGUCAAACAUUCUUGGUCAUAAAGGUGAGGUGGCUGAAGAGUUUUGUGUGAUAAUGAAGAGCUUGUGGUCAGGUCAAUAUAAAUACAUCAGUCCAAGAGAUUUUAAGGGACGCAUAGGAAAAAUAAAUGACACGUUUGCAGGGUAUGUGCAACAGGAUUCCCAGGAAUUGCUUCUGUUUCUAAUGGAUGGACUCCAUGAAGAUCUUAAUAAGGCUGACCGGAAGAGAUACAAAGAGGAAAACACAGAUAGCUUGGAUGACACAAGAGCAGCAGACUUAGCUUGGCAAAAGCAUAAACUUCUCAAUGAGUCAAUUAUUGUGGCUUUGUUCCAAGGUCAAUUUAAGUCAACCGUGCAGUGUCUGACUUGUCAUAAGAGGUCUCGUACAUUUGAAGCCUUUAUGUAUCUAUCUUUGCCACUUCCAUCAUCUAGCAAAUGUUCUCUCCAGGAUUGUCUCAAGUUGUUUUCCAAAGAGGAGAAGCUGACUGACAAUAACCGAUUUCACUGCAGCAAUUGCAAAGCGCACAGGGACUCAACAAAGAAGCUAGAGAUCUGGAAACUACCCCCAAUCCUAUUGGUACAUCUGAAACGAUUCUCUUAUGAAGGGAGAUGGAAACAGAAGCUACAGACAAAUGUUGACUUUCCAUUGGAGAAUCUGGACUUAUUCAGCUACCUAAUUGGCCCUAGGAGCAAUGUGAAAAGAUACAAUUUAUUUGCCGUGUCGAACCAUUAUGGAGGACUAGAUGGGGGACACUAUACAGCUUACUGCAAGAAUGCUGUGAAACAGCGCUGGUUCAAGUUUGAUGAUCAGGAUGUUUCAGAGAUAUCUCCUUCUUCAGUGAGAUCACCAGCAGCCUACAUUCUCUUCUAUAGCUCCCUGGAGUUGCGUGUGGUUGAUUUGGCAACAUAACAGGGAUCAGCGAAUUACCAAAGUGACACUCCAUACGAUUGCACCAAUAUUAAAUAAUGUUGGACAUAUGACCAGGAAAAUUCACAGCAUGUCCAGCUAUUUUAAAAAAGACUCGCUGUCUUGCAACACUAGAGCUUUCUAGAUGGACCUGCCCUUUGUACUUUACCAGAAAAAUGAUUUUUAGUCAUGCAGCAUUUAACUACCUAUUUAGAAUGAUGAUAAUGUCUCAUAUCCUGUUUACUGUGAGUUUGUAAUUACAAUGAUUUGAAGAGCCAGAACAUAUUGCCCUCAAGAUCUUUGCUACUCCAUGAGGCAAAAAUUAGUCUAAUUCUCUUAAACACUUUGUUCCUGUUAAAAUGGCCUUUCUCUACUAUAUUUUAACCUUUCUGUACUGUGAAAAUAACCUGGAGUAUUCUGAAUAGGUGAGAAUGUAUCUGUACAUAAUGAUUGCAGACUUGUACAAAAUGUAAGUGUAUAUAAUAUAUAAAUAGUUUUAAAAAGUAAUAGUCCUAUUAUUUGAGAUCGAGUUGUUUAAAUGAAGAUAGAGCAGAUUGAUCUCGAGUUAUACUACAAAUCAAUUAUUUUCAGACUUUUGGAAAAGUUGUGAAAUGUAUCAAAUAUACUUUCCUUUAACAGUUCAGAUCUGAACAGCAUGUCAUUAAUGGAUGACCCUAUAUCAUUGCUGGUUUGGGGUUUCUACAUGCAGUUACUGUAUAACUCCUCAACUAAUUUGAUCAGUUAUUCAUUUGCUGUUUGCAAUGCCUUUGGUGCGUGUAUGAAGAAAUUUGAUAGCUCAUUUCUAUCCUAUAUUUGCUUGUCUCUCCAAGACUGUUGAAGUUCUUGUGUUCUUCAGUUUAGAGGAGCAGAAAAAAAAAGAAAACUGCUAAUGAAAUGUUGGUCUUCUAUAUCACUGGAAUUGGAGUACAGUGUACAGAGCUCUGGUUAAACCCAAGCUGAAGUACUGCACUUUUGGAAGAAUACUUUGGAUUUGGAGGGAAAUCGAUGCAGAUUUACCAAAAUAUAGUCAUCUAGAAGAAUUUAAGAUUACACAGAAUAGGUUGGUAUUCCGUAGAGUAUAGAAGCUUAAUGGCUGAUCUAGGUGAGAUGUUCUAAGUUGUUAAGGGAUUGAUUUCAUAAGUGGCAAUGAUCAUUUCCUCUCUUAGAAUACAGAAUAAAGAGACAUAUAAUAGUUUUGUCCCACUUUUAAGCUUCAUGUUUUCAAGAAGUGCUUUUGCACACAAAGGAUACUGGAACUUGUGAUUAGGAUCUAUUUCAAAAAGCAUGCCCAACAUUGUAAAGUUGAGAUUGGUACAUGGCCUUAAGCAUUACAAAACUACAGCAGGUGCAUGGAACUAAAAGUAUGGUGAAACUGUCACCGGCUUGAAUGAUGGAACAGUCAGGGAUGGAAAGUUCUCCUCUGGUUUAUUGGAUCGAUCCUGUUUGACUCCCCUAUUCUCCAGUCUUUGCUUUAUAUCACAAUAGCUGAAAACAGAAACUGAGGUGAGAUACUUUUUGGACAUCACUGAGAAAGGCCAGACUGUGUGUUACUUCUAACAGUAUAUAUUAGUACUAUCUGUGUGAUCUUGCAGUACUUAUCUCUGUCCUAAGCUGUUCUUGAUCAAUCCUUCUCAGACUUUCUCUCACCAAAGCCACUGCUACAUCACAGCAUACUCAGAGAGGCACAUAUGCAUUUACCUUCAAACCUGCUUCUAUAAAAAGGAUUUUUAUUGGAUUCUUCCCAAAUUGCCAUCAAAAAUUUCAUGAUGGUAACUUGCAACUGAAAUUAGUUGCUGUUUGGAAUUUCCAGUGAGCUUAAUGACUUUUCUUACAUGUAUGUUAAUUUCCUUUUACAACACUUCACCAUAAAAUGCACCUACAUAAAAUGAAAUCUAAAAGCAGUUUCAAUUAACCUGACCAGUCAGUUGCCAAACCAAAUUUAUAGGUCCUCCUUCAUGGAUAUCUGUUUAGAAAUAUUGCAGAAGUAAUCAGAUAUGAGAAAACGAUCACUUUGUUUUUUGGUAAAAUUUGGAAAAUACUGCAUUACGUUAGUUUCAUUGAGAUGUUCUUUAAACAGUCCCUUUUCCCCAGGGCUAAAUGCAGCAUCCCUAUACUAAUAUUACUGGGGAAGAUCUGCUGUUUCACAGUUAAAGUCUGAAAUAUUUUGAUAAUUUCUACUGCAAUAAAUCUGGCCAGUGUUCCUGCAAAGUUCUGUGGUUAUGCACCUUGUCCCAUGAUAAAUAUCACAUGCAUGGGGAUGCAAAAUGGAUCCACACUGGGGAAGGAAACUGGCUAAGCAACCUAAGUUUCUAAGGAGAAAAUUACUUAAGAUCAGAUCUAAAUUUUAUUUCACUGCUCCUACUGUUGAUACUGAACCAGUCUUGCAUGAGAAACUGUAGCCCUGUGUGAUUAACAAUGGAGAAAUUAAAAUAUUUCAUAUGCUUUUUAAAAACA